AUGUAUCUAUCCCAUUCUAUUCACAUCCAUCUAUCUAUCUAUCUAUCUAUCUAUCUAUCUGUUGUAUGUAUUUAUCUAUCUAUUCAUAUGUUUGUAUGUAUGUAUCUAUCUAUCUAUCUCAUUCCAUUCAUAUAUCAUCUAUCUAUCUAUCUAUCUAUAUGUAUGUAUGUAUGUAUGUGUUUAUCUAUCUAUCUAUUCAUAUUCUAUUCAUCUCUCUCUCUCUCUGUAUCUAUCUAUUCAUCUAUCUAUCUAUCUAUCUAUCUAUCUAUCAAUUCAUACGUAUGUAUAUAUCUAUCUCAUUCUAUUCAUAUCUAUCUAUUCAUAUGUAUGUAUGUAUGUAUGUAUCUAUGUAUGUAUCUAUUUAAGUCUAUUCAUAUCUACCUCUUUUCUCUCUCUAUCUAUCUACCCAUAUUGCAUCGACUCUCCUCUAUCUCUGACAAACAUUCUUCAUCGUCAUCUCCCCGCCCCGUAACCAUUCUCUGCUAUCCUGUGAACCAUUCACUCUGA